AUGUGCCCCACUGGGCUGACGGAGCAGCAGGCCUCAGCUGGGCCCGAGCCAAAUGCGGGAUUGGAGCGGGCGGGCGGGCUGCCCAUUGUGGUGCAGUCCGGCACCAUUGGGGAGCUGCUGAGAUGGGUGGCACCGCAGCAGGCCCGAGUUCUCACCACUGGGUUGUGCCUACCCCUCAUCCCACUGGUUGUCCCACUUCCCCAUCGUCCCCUCCCAGCAGAGAGGGACCUUUGUACCAAGCCCUGGGGCUCGCUGAUUGCGCCCUCAUUGCUUCUUUUCUUUUCCCCAUGGGCAGGUUGUCUGGUUCGCAAACCCGCCCUGAUCUCUCAGCUGGAGCGAGGGGAAGAGCCAUGCAUCCCAGAUCCCCCAGCCCCUGCGGAGCAGGAGACCCAGAGGGACGUCCCAACAGACACCGGGAGGGGGCUGGACGCUGAGGAGCUGGCUGUGCUGCACCACGGGGAGGCGGAGGCACCUGUCAAAGCAGCUCCAACACCCAAGGCCUCACCAAGAUGGCCCAAGAGGAAAGUGCCCCAGAGCCCUGGCCGGAAGAGAAAGAAACCGUCUCUGGACAGAGAAGAGCCAGAAGCCCCCUCUGAGGGUGGGAAACAGCAGCUCCCCACCUGUCCCAUGUCCAUGCAACAGCUGCUUCCUUCUGUGUGCAUGCAAAAGCCUUUCCUUCCUGUACGCAGGAAACAGCCGCCCCCACCCCUGUGCCAGGAACAGCCUGUCCCUCCCAUGCACAGGGAACAGCAGCCCUCCACUCCUGGCAGGGAACAACCUGUCCCUCCCCUGAGCAGGGAACAGCUGCCCUCCACUCCUAUGCACAAGGAACAGCCACUGUCUCCUCUGUGCAUGGAACCGCUGCUUCCUGCCCUGCACAGGACACAGCCACACCCUGCUCUCAGGCAGGCACAGCAGCCCCCUCUGUCAUCUCCUGUUAAUUCCUGCUGCAGGAAUCUGUUCAUGCGAGGCUCCCCCACUAGUAAGAGCCUGCCCCAGUCUGAGAGGUGCAACCAGUGCCCUGAGUGUGGCCGGGGCUUCAGGCAGAACUCAGACCUGCAGCGGCACCGGCGCAUCCACACGGGAGAAAAGCAUUUCCACUGCCCAGUAUGUGAGAAGAGCUUCCGGCUGCAGUCCAAUCUGAUCGUGCACCACCGCACGCACACCAGGGAGCGGCCCUACCAGUGCGGGGAGUGUGGCCGGGCCUUCUCGCAGAGCUCCAGCCUCCGGACACACAGCAAGAUCCACUUGAGCCAGAAACCCUAUGUUUGCUCUGUGUGCGGCAAGAGCUUCCAUCACAAUUCCAACCUCGUCCUCCACCAGCGCACCCACACCGGCGAGCGGCCCUACGAGUGCAGCAUCUGCACCAAGCGCUUCAGCGACCACUCCACUCUGGCUCAGCACCAACGCAUCCAUACAGGUGAUCGCCCCUACGCCUGCUCCGAGUGCGGCAAGUGCUUCAGCCAGGCCUCACACCUGGUCAAACACCGACGCACCCAUGUGGGCCCCUGCACCGUUCUGGCCAGGGACACAGCUGUCCCCCAAAACAGGCCUGGCACAGGGGAGAAGAGAGAUGCUCCUAGAUACAGACCAGACUGUGGGAUGGAAAGAGCCGCCCCCAGAGACAGGCCAGCCAAGGACAGAGCUCCUCCCAAACAUGGGCUAGGAAUGGGGGAUGAGAGAGCCACUCCCCAAAAUGGCCCUGGCACAAGAGAGGACAGACACACUCCCAGACAUGGGCUGGGCACAGGGCAGGAAAGACAGCAUGGAAAGAUGUGCUGUCUCUGAAAGAUGUUUUGGCAGGGGAGAAGGAGAAAGAGGCCUCAAAAGACACAUCAGCCGCAGGGAAGGACACAGCUAUCACCAAUCACACACCGGGCAUAGGUACGGAGAAAGCAGCAAUAAAAAAUCAUGUUGGCCACAGGGAAGGAAAGGUUGACCCCCAAACCUCGGGCCAAUGAGAGGAGAACUGCCCUUCAAAAUGGGCUGGGCAUGGGGGAGGACAAUGCCAGACAAUACCCCAAAGAGCUACAACAAAAGAUGCACCAGCUGUGGAUGAGGAGAGGGCUGCCUUGAAAGAUGCACUGAGGGCAGCGAAGGACAAAGCAGCAACAAAAGAAGCAUCAGCAGAGGGGAAGGGAGAAACUUGCUGCAGCAGAGGGGGAGAAGAGAGAGGCCUCAAGAGAGACGCUGGCCACCGGGAAGGGGAGAUCCACCCCCAAACCUGCACUGGCCACGGGGAAGGGGAGAGCCUCCUUGAAACGUGCUCCAGGUACACAAGAGCCCAGACUUCAGUGGAGCCUUCUCAUGUCACUGCAUGGUACGGACAGGGGUGAUUCAUGGGGGGCAGAGACUGUGGGGAGCCCUGUCACUGAGCAGUAGGGUUGGGGAUGGCUCAUAGGAACAUGCAUUAAGCUGGGGGUUCACAGAUCAGGUGUGAAACCCCAUCAAUGUGCAGGAGGGAAGUCAUGCCAAUGUUACAGGCUCACACUUAAGCAGCAACAGAGAAGCUGGCCUGGCGUGGGAUGCACUAACAGCUCGGAGAGGAAGGGCAGCACGAAGGCACUUCUGGCACCACAGAGAGGCCCCGCUGGACCCGGAGCUGGUGGAGCGAAUGGCUGGCACUUAACAUGCAACCACAGAAAUAUGUUCAGGUUCUUGCCAAAAAUGGUCUGUUAUCAGAUGUUUGGUUUUCCGACAGAAAGUAGCUUUGUAGUGCAGUGAGUGGAUGUCCCCUCCCCGAGUCCCCCAGAGCACAAUUGUAGAGGUCUCCAGGAUGAGUGGGGACAAUGUUACAGAGGUGGCAAAAGGGCCUGUCAUGGGGUCACUCACCACACUGGCGCCUCCUGCUGGACGUUUUGGGAAUUAGCUCAGUCUGAGCGGGUGCACCUUUGGGUGGUGGUGGGUCUCCUGCCCUCGUCUCUUGUCCUCGUCUCUGCCUGCAGACCCCUUAUAGCUACUUAUGAUCCGUUAUGGUCUACUUCGUGGCACAGCUCUCCGGCCAUAUCACCAUCCGGAAUGGGGGAACUCAAUCCAACAAGAGUCCAGACACUCCUCCCAGUGGCUUGGCAGUCCACAGCUGGGAUGCUCCCUCCGCAGCUAGUGGGGGAGGGGGCCCAGGCCCGCCCACUGCUCUGGGCCCCAACCCAGGGAUCCUGCAAACAGCAGCUUCCUGCUGACUCGUCCUUCCAACCCAUUGUCUCUAGUCCCAGGGCCACUUACCCGCAACCUCAGUUCCUUCUGCUCCUGCCUCUGGCUCCAGCUCCUUUGCCCUCUUCUCAGGACCUCGAGCCUAUAAGUCCUGGCAGCCCAUCAGGAGCUCUCCCUAGCUUCCCUGGUCCCUGCUAGUACCUGCCCUUCCCCAGGUGCUGGUCUCUCUGUAGCCCUCUAGGAAGCCAGUCUUCUCCCUAGGGCUCCCUGCAGCAGACUCCCUCACUGUGGUCUACAGCUUCCUUUUAUAUGGGCCAGCUGGGCCCUAAUUGGCUGGUCCAGUCACCGCCCUAAUUGUCUGCAGCAGCUGUCCUAAUUGGAUGUUUCCUCUGCAGCCAUUCCUUUGGCUGCCUCCCACUCAGCCUCCCUACUACAAAACCAGAGUGAGGAGGUUGGCCGAUGGAGUCUCCUGUGACUGUGGGGACUAU